GGCUGCGGGGGGCGGUGUUGGUGGAGGGCAGGUAGUGGGUGCCUCUGGCCUGCGGCCUGGUCGAGGCGCCGGAGCCUGGAGUGAGUCGGUGCCUCAUGCCGGUGGACACGAAGCGAGUGCGGGGCCCGGAGGAAUCGCAGUCGCCGCUGCUGUUUGUGGCGGGCGAUGCAGGUCCGAGCUCGGUGCCGGGGAAGGCGGGGUCCCUGGGCCGGGCCCGGGCCCGGGCCGACGGGCGGUCAGCCGCGGAGCCGAGGCCGGUGUUUGCUCGGGCCGGCCUGGUGAGUCAGGCGGACGGGUCGGUGUACGCCGAGUGCGGCCUCAGUAAGCUGCUGUGCGCCGUGUACGGGCCCCGGGAGAGCGACAGGAAGGAGGAGCGGCGACUGAGCGGAGCCACCCUGGGCUGCGAGUUCAGAUUUGCUCCGUUCUCCUGCAAGAAGAGAGCUGCCUGGAUUCAGGGCAACUUGGAGAAGGAGUAUUCGUUGAUCAUGGAGCAGAGCUUGCAGCCAGCUAUCUGUCUUCACAAGUACCCCAGGUCCCAGAUUGAAGUGUAUGUGAUGGUUCUGGAGAAUGACGGCUCCACCUUGGCAGCUGCUUUGACUUGUGCUUCCAUUGCACUGGCAGAAGCAGGCAUCGAGAUGUUCGACAUGGUAGUGGGCUGCUCCUUGCGGCAGUGUGGAGAUGACUCCCUCCUUGACCCAACAGCUGCUGAGGAGUACAGUGCAGCCAGCUCGCAGGCAGUAAAUAAUGGCAGCUUGACUGUGGCUCUGCUGCCCACACUCAAUCAAAUCUCUGGGCUGGUCUCCAAAGGAGAGUGGGAGGAGCAGACAUCAGUAGAAGCAAUCAAGGCUUGCAUUGAGGGGUGUCAGAAACUGUACUCCGUAGUCCAGCAGUGUCUAACCAAAUCAGUUAAGAGGAAAAUCCCACAGCUUGUCAGUAAAGAUUAGACGAACUUUUAUUCAUGGACAUUCCAGUGAAUGCUUUCUUUAAAAAUAAAUGUUUUUUACUGUUGUAUUUGCUACAUUUAUACGAAUUUGUAAAGUGUCCUUUGUUUAAAAUUUAACUAAAAUUGAACGACACGGUAUUGGAGUGUGAGGUUGAGUUCUGUCUAUGGUGAGAUGUCUCAUCUGCAGUGGUGUUGAUGUUGAGCUUCAGUGCAGGGCAGGAUCAUCAGUCAGGUUUCCUGGUGCUGAUUGUUGGAAGUGUGGGAUUUGGUCCUCGAUUCCCUUCUGUCUGGUUCUUGAGCAGUGUGGAUGGAGUUGUGUUCUGGUAAAACAUGAUCUCCACGUGAAGCAGAGAGUAAACGUAAUUCAAUCUAAAGUGACAUAGGACUGUCCCUUCACUGCUUACUUGUUCUCUGGCCAUGACAUUUAUUUCUCCACUUCCUUAAUGAACAGAUUUCAACUCUGAGGGCCUAUGGAUUACACAGUGCAGUCUGUUUAGGAUAAGUCUAAUCCUUAUGAGUUAUUAAAACAUGCAGUUUAUUGGUGGAUACAUAUCUCCUGCAACACAUUGAUGCAGAGUUUAGUUUUGAGUUUGGUUUGACCCCCUUCAUACGCCAUAUUCUCCGACUGGUCCCAGAAAGGGCUGUUACUUCUACAGGGAACAAGAGACAGAGCCAAGGCACUCAUGGGACAGAGAGUUUACAUUGCAGUCUGACAGUCUUGCAUUGAAAUAGAUCCCAACUUGACAAAGUGACUGGUUACUGGUUGUAAGGCUAUUGUGUUAAAUGAGCUUGGAUAGUCUAAACUCAGUAGUCAGUGGCUAUCAGCCUUCAAAAGAAAACUGCCCAAGCAUUCAGUUCUGCUGGUGGCGCAGUGACAGCUGUGAUGAAUGUACUUCACUCAACUGCAGGAGCACAGUACAAGGCAGAUUACUGGGCACAGCUGAUGGAUUUUCUUUGUCCCUCACCAAAUUUUGUAGUACUGCUAGACCUAGACACACUUGAUUAUGAGUGUUCUGGGUGGGAGACAUUCAUCCAGUUGAUUCGUUCACGAACUUGUCUGUUUGCUUUUUUUUUAACAAAUAAAAUCAAAAUUCUCGAC